UCCCCGAGCGAGGGAGGGAGGCCCCCGGCGGCCCGAACUGCGAGCCGCGGCGGGACCGAGCGCACGCAGGGGCGCGCCGGUGGCCGGGCGGGACGGGCUGCGGAGGCGGCUGUCGCGAGCACGGGAGGCCAGGGGCCGGGCCGCCACCGGAGGGCACUACGUGCCCAGUGCGGGAAGGGACCCGCCACCCCCGGCCCCCCACGCGGGGACAGCGAUGCGGUGCACCCCGAGAUCCCGGUAGCCUCAUAUCUGUGGCGGUGAUGGAUGAGCCGUGGUGGGAAGGGCGCGUCGCCUCGGACGUACACUGCACUCUGCGCGAGAAGGAACUGAAGCUGCCCACCUUCCGCGCCCGCUCGCCGCUCCUGAAGAGCCGUCGGUUCUUCGUAGACGUGCUGACCCUGCUGAGCAGACACUGCCACCUCUGCCCCUCAGCCCGGCACCUCGCCAUCUACCUUUUGGACCAUUUUAUGGACCUGUACAACAUCACCACCCCCAAGCAGCUGUACACGGUGGCUGUCUCCUGCCUCCUGCUGGCAAGUAAGUUUGAGGACAGGGAAGACCGCGUGCCCAAACUGGAGCAGAUAAACAACACAAGGAUCCUAAGCAGCCAAAACUUCUCUCUCACCAAGAAGGAGCUGCUGACCACAGAACUUCUGCUCCUGGAGGCUUUCAACUGGGACCUUUGCCUGCCCACGCCCGCCCAUUUUCUGGACUACUACCUCUUGGCCUCCAUCAGCCAGAAGGACCACCACUGCCACGCCUGGCCAACCCCCUGCCUCCGAAAGACCAAAGAGUGCCUCAAGGAGUAUGCCCACUACUUCCUGGAAGUUACCCUGCAAGAUCAUAUAUUUUACAAAUUCCAGCCUUCCGUGGUCGCUGCAGCCUGUGUCGGGGCCUCCAGGAUCUGCCUUCAGCUCUCUCCCUACUGGACCAGAGACCUGCAGAGGGUCUCCAACUACUCCCUGGAGCAUCUCAGCACAUGUAUUGAAAUCCUGCUGGUAGCAUAUGACAAUGUCCUCAAGGAUGCCGUGGCCGUCAAGAGCCAGGCACUGGCCAUGGUGCCCGGCUCGUCAUCAGCUCCUGCCCAAGUGCUGUUCCAACCACCCACCUACCCUACCCUCAGCCAGCCACCAACAACACUAGCCCAGUUCCAGAGUCCAGCGCAGGACUUGUGCUUGGCAUAUCGGGACUCAUUGCAGGUCCACCGCUCAGGGACCUUGCUCUCAGGAGACACUGGUCCAUCCCUCCACACGCCAUACCCAGCUCUCCAGCCCUUGGAUAUGUGUCCCGUGCCCGUCCCCGCAUCCCUUAGCAUGCAGAUGGCCAUAGCAGCUGAACCCAGGCACUGCCUUACUGCCACCUACGGAAGCAGCUACUUCAGCGAGAGCCACAUGUUCCCCGCAGGCUGUUUUGACAGCUAGGCCACGUGUGGACCGCAGGGAGAAUCCUGGAAGACCCAGACAAAGAAAGGAAAUACCUAAGAGAAGAGCCCAUCCAGGUGAGGCAAAGAACCUUUCAAUAGAGAGGGUCUUUGCUUUUUCCAAAAACAAGCCAACAAAAUGACACAUCCAGGGAUGCAUCUGUCUGGGAAACCUCUUCCCUGUGUGCCUGGAGGACCAAGACAUGGCUCUGUGACCAUUCCCUUGAGCUGGGGUAUCUGAUGGAGCAUAGCAGACUUGGACACUGGGGACUGCGUACAUCCAGGUUUCUCAAAGACUACUUUUCACAGCAAUGCCACUGAAAAAGAAGGGGCACCUGACACAUUUGUCUCCGUCCCUAGAAGAUCCAUCCCGAGUGUCUUUCUCUCCCUAGCUCUGCUCCAAGGGCCCCAUGGCCCGUCUUUAUGCCUGAGCACUGACCCCAUGAGGCUCAGUGCCUGGCUAUCUUGUCCUUUGUUUUUGCACCCCAAAUUUUUUCAUUCUUCUAGAUAUUUCCCAUGCUGCUGCUUCCUGGAACAGUCUAGCUUUCUAUCCUGAAAAAAAACAAAAAACAAAAAAAACAAAAAAAGAACCAUCUUGUUUACAUACCGUGUCAGGGAAUUUUGUGAUACUUGAAAAUUUCCGUAGGAGCAAAAAGUUUGAAUUGCUACACUGUCUGUCCCACAUGAGGCUGUAUCUUUUAGUAACCCAACUUGGGACCAACUGGUGGAUAACAACAGUGCCGGAUACCACCUCUCAGUCUCCUCUCUCUGGAAGAGGCCACCCCUGGGAUGCCAGUGUUCACCUAUUGGACUUGGAUUACUGCCCCCUGGUGGGGGGAAUGUUUUUUGGAGGAAGACAAAGAUUCGAACUGGUCCUUCCUUCCAUCACAUGCUUAGAGUGCUGAGGCUAAACUGAUCCCAGAUUUGAGUUUGGUCGAUAGGGUAAUCACACUGUGGAAUAUUAGAAAAGUGGGGGGGGGGCACUAACGUGGUAUACGUCACCAGCAUUGACAGGCAAGAGAUUGCUGGAGCAAAAGCCCAUGUCUGGGAGCUGCAGUGCGAGGGCUCAGGAACACUGUCACCGUGUGCAAUAUGUUAUGACUAUGACUCAUAGCCUAUGCUUAAGAUGUUCUUGUGGUUGGUUGUUUUUUUACCCCUCUGGUCAGGGGACAUGCUGUUCACCCAUCAGAAUUGGAAGGGAGGUGCAAAAGACCACAGAAACAAAUUGUAAUUUUCUUUUUGAAAAGACUGUGUCUCCAUUGGUUUUUGUUUGGUCUUUUUCUUGGGACGGGGAGAGACUUCUUUUUUAUGUUUUUUGAGAUCCAUCUGAUGUAGCUAAGGCUACACUCAAACUUAGCGCAUAGCCAAAUCUUGCUUUGAACUCCCAAUCCUCCCACUUCAACCUCCAAUGUACGCCACCACACCUCGCCUCCCGUCUUGACUCUCUUUGUCUGAAUCCAAGAGACCACAGCAGGGACUGCCAGGAAGGUGGCCACAUGCUACUGAGUCAGAUUUCACGGCGAUAGGGCUUUUCUGAGCAAAUGAAUGUCUCGUGGAGACAGAAUAAGGAAACAGCUAGAUGCAGAGGAGGUGCUGCCAUUUUCUCAAUUAGCAUAGGAACCUGCACAUUCGUUUGGUGUGUGUGUGUGUGUGUGUGUGUGUGUGUGUGUGUGUGUGUGUAACUGGUUUGGAGUCUAUUAUAUCUGUCUCCGGGCUGGGGCUUUUGAGAGAAGCAUCUCCACUGGGGCCCCAGAACUAGCCUGAUUCUCAGGACCAGAUGUCCUGCAAUAAAUACAUCGCCUGCUCUUGAUGUCUGCUGCCUUUGUCUGGACAUCUCUUAGCAGGUCAGCCCUUUCCCGCCUGUCUCUGCUCUACCUCAGUGGGAGUGUCCUUUGGGUGAGAGGUGAAAGAGAUCAAGAAGUGUAUGAGCUUUCUCGUGUCUGUGACAGAAGGAGCCAAUAAAGCGACCUAAAGGAGAAAAUGUUUAUUUCAGCUCAUGGUUUGAAAUGCAGUCCACGGUGGCAGAGAAGCCAUGGUGGGCAAGGGGAGCUUGUGACAGCCGUGGCAGGAAGAUCUUCACGGAUCAGGAGCAGAAAUGAGACAGGAAGUAGAGCCAGGCUGUCAGUGUCAGGGCUGGGUCCCUAGGGAUCUACUCCCUCCAGCAAGGUCCCAACCACAAAAGGUUCCACAACCUCCCAAGACAAAGCCACCAGCUGAGGACCAGGUGUGGUCUCACAGGAGGCUGUGAGAGACCUUUUACAGUAUUGGAGCUGUCAGCAACAAGACCAGUGCUUCUGGACCUGAGUCGUUCCCUCUAAGCAGGAAGAAUGAGUGGGGCAUGACCUCCCAACCUGGAGGCUGGCAAACCCGGGAUUCUUAGACUUCAUGCCAGCAGGUUAACAGUUGAUAGGACACAGCAGUGAAAGUCUGAAAUUCCCAGAGCUGGCCAUCAAGCCAGGAACUUGGGUAAUUUCUUUGUUGCAACCUUGAGGCAACAUUUCCUUUUCUGGGAAACUUUAGUCAUUUCUCUAAAAGCCUUUAGCUAGCUCAGUGAGACCCCAUUCACCUGCUGUUCUUGAAGUCACACAUCUAAGAAAUAAUCACAUCUGGGGGUAAAAUAUCAUCACAGCAAUGCCUAGACUAGUUUUUCAUUAAACAACAGCACCAUAGCUUCACAGAGUGAACCCACAUAAUUAACUAUAGUUAGUAGCUGUUGGGAGAGAAUUGGGCAGCCUCUCCUACCCUGUCUUCUUACCCGUUAAAAUGGGGGUGGUGACCACACUUGCCUGCUGGGGUCUCAUGAUCAACAACAGAAUGCACAUCAAGGCCAGUAUCAUUAAAAUGAUACAUACGAUGGACUGCUAUUUAUUAUAAUAAUAAUUGCAUUUGGUUUGCAGUAACAGCAGACUAUGUUGCCCAGGCUGGUCUUGAAUACCUGGAUUCAACUGAUAUUUCCAUCUUGGCCUCCCAAAUAGCAAAGAUAGAUGCAGGAGGCCACUGCGUAGCUAAGACACCUUUCAAGGGCUGAGAAGGUAGCUCUCUGGCUGAGCUGCAGAGUACUCGGCUACUAUGCAGAGAUCUGGUGUCAUUCCCAGUACCACAGAAGGUGAGAAAGGCAAAGAGAGAAAGAAGAAAGGGAAAGCAAAAGACAGAAGAGAUAUCUAGGUGGUACAUGUCUUACAAGGGCAAAAACAUGAGGCUAGAUCUCCAGAAAGCAUAUUGUUUCGUGCCAGAUACGGUAUUGUAUGUCUGUAAUCCCAGCACUAGCUUGGGAUACGCAGCAGCAAGUAAGAAGAGAUCUAGUCUCAAGCAAGGACCAGUGCCGAAGGCUGCACACAUGCCGUGGCAUAGGUACACUUGAA